AUGUAUAACGAGAGCGUUAGUGAUAGUAAUAGCACACACCUACUAAACUCCAGUGUCGGUACCGAUGAUUAUGUCGAUGACAACAACAACAGUCUACAGGAACUGUUGAAAAGUAAUGAGGAAUUUCUACGGGAAUUCCUUAUAUGUUCGGAAAAUUUCGGCGAAAUCCAGUUCCUUAUCAAUCGGCGACAGAUAUUCCUAUUCAAACUGUUUAUCGGACUAUCCAUAACAUGUCUGUUCCUUACUAUCGGUGUCUACUCACUGGUUCCCCGACUGCGCAACGUUCCCGGCAAGUGUCUGAUGUCAUUGUCGGCGGCCAAAAUUGCGGCCAACUUGUGUUUCGUUGGCUCGCAGUUUGCCUAUCGACUGGACCGACCGUUUCAAUUGUGCCGUACAAUCGGCGUACUUCGACACUACUUCAUACUGACAGUGUUUCUCUGGUCGGUUUGUAUUGCCUUUGACUGUUACCGUACAUUUCGGUCCGGUUCCCAAUCGUUGGCCAACUUGAAUCGGGUCCGUAACCACUCGUUUAUACGGUAUUCGGUGUUUUGUUGGACAACCCCUCUAUUAUUUACAGGUACACUUUUAAUUGUCGACAUAACUGUCCAAAACAAUAACAACACUGCUUAUAAUAGCAGCAUAUUUAAGCCCAACUACGGUCUACAUGUGUGCAGUAUUAGCAGUUGCGGGGCAUUCCUAAUGUUUGGUAUACUGCCCAUUGGCACUGUCCUAAUAGCCAAUAUGGUCUAUUUUUUGCUAAUCCUCUAUAAACUCUAUUCAACCGGAACCGAGACUGAAAUCGCCAAUAAGGCAUCCAUGAGGGAACAGUGUGUUUGGUAUACUAAACUGGCCCUCAUAUUAGGCCUAACCUGGAUCCUAUCGUUGAUUGCCAUUUUUACACCCAUAAGUCACCUGUUUUUCUAUACGCACGCCUUUUCAUCGCUCCAGGGAGUCAUCAUAUUCUUGGCGUUUACCUGCAGAUCAAAUGUCUAUCAAUUACUGGUACGCCGCAUACAGGCGCUCACUGAUAACAAUCAUCAGCAUCAGCAUCAACAUCAUCGCCGGCAUAGAUGGCAAGGAGUAGGUGGUGGUGGUGGUGGUAGUGGUGGAAGAUUACGACACCCAACAUAUACCAGUUCGGUCAUUGCCAACAACAACAACAUUAAUAUCUUCAACAACAACAACAACAACGACAAUACCAAUUUCGAUACCAACGCCACAAUCGUAUAUACAAUAGCACAGGAGACAACAACAAUAGCUCCCUGAGCCCUGCAAUAAAUAAUUGAAAAACGCAAGAAGAAGACGAAGAAGAGGAG